CAACUUCCGGUUAAGAGUUUUCAAACAACAUUAGCUCCUCAACAAGACUCCGCUUAUUUCUGCUCAGGGAUUUAAGAGAAACUCUUUGGAGGUUUGGCAGGCUAGCCUGUUGUGAAAGAUGUCAGCGAGCUCCAAGAGAAGACGAGCUACUUCUCCAUCCAGCAGCGUCAGCGGAGGGGGAGACCUGGACGAUGCCUCCUCCUCUACUCCUGGAAGUGGUAGGAAAAGGAGGAGGAUUUCCAAUGUUCCCCCCGUGGAUACGAUUGCUGUAUGCCAUGAGCUCUUCAAUGCUGUCAGGGACUACAAGGAUGAUCAUGGCAGGCAAAUUUGUGACAUUUUCCUCAGGGUACCAAAGAGGAGGAAUCAACCUGAUUAUUAUGAAAUGAUAUCUCAGCCAAUAGAUAUGACAAAAAUUCAGUACAAGCUGAAGUCAGAAGAUUAUAAUGAUGUGGAGCAGCUCACUGCAGAUUUUCGUCUUAUGUUCAACAAUGCCAGAUCAUUCUAUAAGAGUGACAGUGAAGAAUAUCAAGCUGCAUGCAAACUGUGGGAGGUCUAUUUGCAAACCAGGAGUGAGUUUGUACAGCCUGGAGAUGGAGAUGAAGAAGAUGAAGAUGGUGAUGAUAUGAUGGAUAACACAGGAAUGUCAACUGAAGAUGAGCCUUCAGCAGGCAGUUUGAAGGAGAUGUUAGAGCAACUCCUGGAGGCCGUAGUGUCACACACAGAUUCUGCAGGACGUCUGGUCAGCGAACUCUUCCAGAAACUUCCUUCUAAAGUGCAUUACCCAGACUACUAUGCCAUUAUUAAGGAGCCAAUUGAUCUGAGAACGAUAGCACAAAGGAUCCAAAUUGGAUUCUAUAAGUCUGUCUCUGCCAUGGCUAAGGAUAUCGAUCUGAUGGCCAAAAAUGCCAAAACGUACAAUGAACCAGGAUCUCAGGUUUUUAAGGAUGCUAACACUAUUAAAAAAGUCUUCAUCCAACGUAAAACUGAACUUGAACAUGCAGAACCCACUAAAUCUAGUCUUCGCAUCAGGAAUCGCAGGUCUGGUCAGGGGGAUCGACUUUCUGGUGUCAGCGUAUCUCUUCAGUAUGGCUCAGAGAGUGAGGAUGACCCUGUGCUUUCUGGUUCUGUGUGCUAUGAUGAGGGAGAAUCAGAGGCUGAGAGUCAGAGUUCGAGUAUGGAGAUGAGCAACCCCAUCUUCCGACUGUACGAAGCCGUCAGGGGGGCCAGGAAUAACCAGGGCCAGGUCUUCUCUGAACCCUUCCAGAACCUGCCAUCCCGCAGAGAAUACCCCGACUAUUAUCAGCAAAUAAAACAGCCCAUCUGUCUCCAGCAGAUCAGGACAAAGAUGAAGAAUGGCGAGUAUGAAAGCGUGGAACAGAUGGACACUGACCUCACCCUCAUGUUUGAAAAUGCAAAGCGCUACAACAUGCCUAAUUCAAGCAUUUACAAACGGGCCUUCCGACUUCAGCAGAUUCAGCAGACAAUAAAGAGGGAGCUGCUCAGGAGAGAUGAUGAAGAUGGAGACAGCAUUCUGUCAUCUGACACAGGCAUCAUCAAGAGGAAAAGCCAUAAGAAGAACGUGAAAAAGAACCGAAUGAAAUCGCUCUACGCCGCUGUGACUGACGCCAGGGAGGCUAACACCAAUCGACGGCUCUGUGAACUUUUCAUGGUCAAACCCUCCAAGAAAGACUACCCAGACUACUAUAAUGUAAUUCUUGAACCGAUGGACCUGAAAACCAUCGAGCACAACAUCCGCAACGAACGGUACGCCACAGAGGAAGCCCUGAUGGAGGACAUGAGGUUAAUGUUCCGCAACGCCAGGCAUUACAACGAGGAGGGAUCUCAGGUGUAUAAUGAUGCUGACAUUUUGGAGAAGAUCCUGAAAGACAAGCGGAAGGAAUUAGGACCUCCACCCGAGGAGGAGGACGUUGGAUCUCCCAAACUGAAACUCAGAAAGAGUGGUGUUUCUCCAAAGAAGUCAAAAUACCUCACUCCUCUUCAGCAGCGGUUGAAUGAGCUCUACGACGCUGUGCGAAACUUCACUGACCGCCGAGGUCGUCGCCUGAGUACGAUCUUCCUUCGUCUCCCCUCCCGGGCCGAGUUGCCAGACUACUAUGCUACAAUCAAGAGGCCCAUUGACAUGGAGCGGCUGCGGAGCCACAUGGCCGCCAGUCGCUACCAAGAUGUAGACGCCCUGAUGGAAGACUUCACUCUCAUGUUCAACAAUGCCUGCAUUUACAAUGAGCCCGAGUCUCUGAUCUACCGCGACGCUCUGGUGUUGCACCGAGUGCUGCUGGAGACGCGCAAGCAGCAAGAAGGAGGGGAAGACUCCGGACCUCCUGCUGUGUAUGCUCUGGUGCGAGAGCUCAUCAGGAACCUUUUUGUUUCCAUGAUGGGCCACCAGGAUGAAGAGGGACGAUGCUACAGUGACUCACUGGCUGAAAUUCCGGCUGUAGAUCCAGCCGCUCCUGAAAAACCGCCGCUAAACUUCGACGUUAUCCGGAUGAAUGUGGAACGUGGGCGCUACAGGCGGCUGGACGUCUUCCAGGAACACGUGUUUGAAGUUUUAGAGAAAGCUCGAAGGCUACACAGGACGGACUCGGAGAUAUUUGAGGACUCAGUGGAGCUCCAACAGUUCUUCAUCAAGAUAAGGGAUGAGCUGUGCAAGAAUGGAGAGAUCCUGCUGUCCACUGCACUCAACUACACAGGAAAACACCUGCACAGUGACAUCGAUCAAGAAAAGAGGGAGAAAAUUCCUAAAGAGAUCGAGGAGGACAGGGAAAAGAAGGAUGAAGAGGAGGAAGAACACAAAAGUGAGAAAGGCAAGAAUCUGCCCGGAGAGGCGUGGAAGUCAGAGUCCAAGUCGGAUCGCGUGUACAGUCAGGACUUCAGUUUCGAGAACAGCACCUACCACGUGGGAGACUUUGUGUAUGUGGAGCCGUCAGAACCAAACUUGAGCCCCCACAUUGUGUGUAUCGAGCAGCUGUGGGAGGAUGAAGCAGGUGAGAAGUGGCUGUAUGGCUGCUGGUUCUACAGACCGAGUGAAACUUUUCACUUGGCCACACGCAAGUUUCUCGAGAAAGAGGUCUUCAAGAGCGACUACUACAACAAAGUCCGCAUCAGUAAAGUUCUGGGCAAAUGUGUAGUCCUGUUUGUGAAGGAUUAUUUCAAAAUGCGGCCUGAAGGCUACAGUUCUGAGGAUGUCUUUGUGUGCGAGUCCCGCUACAAUGCCCGCAGCAAGACCUUCAAGAAGAUCAAGAUCUGGGCCAUGCCUGAAAGCACUGUGAAAUUAGUUUCCCGGGAGGUUCCUCUGCCUGUCGUCCGUGUCGCUUCCAUGUUUGUCAACCCUGACCAGGAAAAAAUGAUGACGUCCUAUCCAGACAGUGGCAGUUUUGUAGAAAAGGAGCGAGAGGACGUCCCCUUGGAGAUGAGUGGAGCUGAGCCUGGCCGCCAGUACUUCGAACAGUUGCGAUACAACAACGUGUGGUUUAAAGUGGGAGACAGUGUUUACAUUCAGUCACAUGGACUGUCAAAACCCCGGGUUGCCAGAAUAGAGAAGUUGUGGGUGCAGAAUGGAGCUACUUUCUUCUUUGGGCCAAUCUUCAUUCACCCGGAGGAAACUGAGCACGAGCCCACAAAGAUGUUCUACAAGAGAGGUUUUCUGAGCCAUCUGGAGGAGACAUUGCCCAUGACUUGCGUCAUAGGAAAAUGCAUGGUCUCUUCCUUUAAGGACUACCUGUCGUGCAGACCUACUGAGUUUCCAGAAGAGGAUGUCCUGCUGUGCGAGAGCCGCUACAUCGACUCUGAGAAACAGAUGAAAAAGUUCAAGGGUCUCAAACGCUUCUCCUACUCCUCCAAAGUGGUGGAAGAUGAGGUCUACUAUUUCAGAAAACUGUUCGUGCCACAGAAGGAAGCGUCGCCCCUUUUGGACAAGAAGAUCGACGAGCUGGAGCUUAAACUUGCAGAUUUAGAGGAUGGAGAUGAGGAUAUGGAGGACAUGGAGGAUGACGACGAUGCUCCAGAGACGCCAUCCUUGCCUCAGAUGCAAACUCCUCUUUCAAGUGACAUGGACAGUAUGACAUACACACCUUCACAGGCAACUCCUAAGGUGAAGGGAUUAUCAAAGAAAGAAGGGGCCAAGAGGAAGAUCAACAUGAGUGGCUACAUCCUGUUCAGCAGUGAAAUGCGAGCCGUCAUCAAGGCUCGACACCCCGACUUUUCCUUCGGUGAGCUGAGUCGACUGGUCGGCACUGAGUGGAGGAACCUGGAAGCGUCCAAGAAAGCAGAUUAUGAAGAACGUGCAGCCAAAAUAGUGGAACAGCAAGAACGCGAGAGACCGCCGCAGAAGCAAGCGUCCCCAAGAGCAGGUACCCCUGUAGGGGCGCUGAUGGGAGUGGUGCCUUCGCCUAGCACUAUGGGAAUGAUAAACCAGACCAUGACACCUGUGUCAGGCAUGAUGGGAACUUACGGCCCACCUUACAUGCCCAUGCAGGGCCCCCAUGAGGGCUUGCUGAGCGUGGCCACAAUGCCACCUCACCCUGUAGGGGGUCCUCACCUGCCUCCUCACCAUCUCCACCAAGGCAUGCCCGGGUACCCUGGCAUGCCUCAUCAGGGUAUGAUGGGUGGUCCUAUGAAUGGCAUGGCAGGAAGUCCUGCACCUGGAAAUUAUAUGCAACAGCCUGGGAUGUUCAGCCCAGGACAGCACGCUCCCCCACCAUAUCCAGGACAGGGCCAGCCCUCACAUUUACAGCCCACCACUCCAAUGUUUGUGGCUCCACCACCAAAGACCCAGAGGGUGCUGCACUCAGAGGCCUACCUCAAGUACAUCGAAGGCCUGAACUCUGAUUCCAACACCGUCAGCAAGUGGGACCAAACCCUCAGAGCUCAAAGACGAGACGCCCACCUGACCAAAGAGCAGGAGAGUCGGCUGCCGGCUCACUGGCUGAAGAGCAAAGGAGCCCACAGCACCAUGGCGGACGCACUGUGGCGUCUGCGAGACCUGAUGCUGAGAGACUCUCUGAACAUCUGUCAGGGUUACAACCUGUAACCACCAUGCUCCUCUCAGAUGCUAACCUUCCCCUCAAGUUACUGAGUCUAGGAAUAAUAAUAAUAAUAAUAGAAGCAAUAUUUUAUAGUGAUCGAUUUUCUAUUUAUUAGCAAAUAGUCGUGUGUGUGUGUGUUUUUUUUUCUUUUUACACCAUUUGGAUGAAUAGCUCUGUAAAACCUGUGGCACCGAAAUAAACGGAAUCCCUUGAAAAGACGG